UCCCAACGGCCGGGUGGGUUUAUUCCUUAGUUACGCGUCCUGUGUGUAGGAUCCAUUACACGCCGCUCCGCGCCAGAGUUCGGGCGAAACGCGGCGACGACGAUUUCUUCUCCCGUGCGAAAGACCGAAGAUGCGACAGGCUUUUCUUAAGUGAGAAAAUAUGGAGGACGGCCACUGCAUGCACUUCGUCGAGCGCAAGAAGCGGUUCUGCCGCUGCACGGUGCGGGAGGGCCAGCGGUACUGCGGCGAGCAUCAGCGGGGAAACGACGCCGGCAAGGAGAGGAUGCCGUGUCUGCUGGAUCCUACGCACACGUGCUACCGAUCGAAGCUGAAGAGACACUUGCGCGUGUGCAACGCCAAGUGGAGGCUGGAAGCGCGGCCCCCAUUCGUGGUCGAGGGAACGAAUUUGGACGAGACUAUCGCGGCGCCGCCACGCGUGCCGCUGUCGCAGCACAACGGAUUCACCGUGGCAACGGUGAUAAUGAAGAUUCAUGCCGCCUACGAUGAGCUUCCAGAAUUUUCUCGAAGGAUUCUAAGGCACAAAAUACUCGACGACAAAUUGAACGAUAAGAACUGCGGUAGUAACGUUAGGAAACACUUGCUUCAAAAUGCAUCUCUGUUGGGACAUCUGGAGCAAGCCGGUCUCGUGCGAGACAACACUUGUUUCAUCGAAUUUGGAGCUGGAAAAGCUCAAUUAACGUAUUGGUUGGGGCAAAUUAUUAAGGACAAAUCAAACUCUUGCAUCCUACCGAUCGAUCGAUCUAGUCACCGGCAUAAAAGCGACAAUAAGCUUAAGAGGGAGGACAGUCGUCUCACAAUAAAUAGGAUACGCGCCGACAUUGCCGAUCUGCAGCUGAACCAAAUCCCAGAGAUCCAGUCGAUCAAGUACAAGGUCGGCAUAGCGAAGCAUCUCUGCGGCACGGCCACUGACUUGACGAUACGUUGUUUGGUAAAGUCGAUGAACAGCGAGCCUAAGGUCGACGUGCGCGGUCUAAUCGUCGCAUUUUGCUGCCAUCACAAGUGCGAGUACUCGUCGUACGUGGGCCGGGAGUACUUGAAACAGUGCGGCUUUACCGUGAACGAGUUCCCCAUACUCUGCAGCAUAGUCAGCUGGGCGACUUGCGGCACGCGUUUAAAGAGCAACGUCAACUCGCCACGCGAUUCCGCGACACGUGACGCAACGGCACACGAUCCCCUAACGAAUGAUCCCACGUGGUGUCCCUGGUUGGAGACCCUCGCCCCGAACAAGCCCUGGAAAACGAACGAGCGCGAAACUAUCGGGCGCAAGGCUAAGGCACUGCUGAAUUGGGGCCGUCUGGUCUUCUUGGAGAACGCGGGAUUUCAGGCCGAGCUGCUUUACUACACCUCCGCCGAUGUCUCGUUGGAAAACAUGUGCAUCGUGGCGACGCGAAAAUUUUCCUUGUGAUUGGAAUAUGUUGUAUUUGUUUAAAAUAAAUUUUAAAACUAAAAAAAA